CAAACUCGCCCAAAAAAAAUGAUACCGUUGUAGUAAGAAUAAUAUAAUACAAGCUUCAAUGCGUUUCGUUCGCUCAUCCUUUCUCUCUAUCUCUGUCAUCCAUCCCCACAUUUUCAUGAAAUCUCCAUGAAAAACCGUUUGUAGUUUCGACUGAUGCUUUGUUUACAAUCACAGAGCUUAUCUCUUUACGACACAAUUUUGAUUAUCUUUUCUUACUCCAAUAUCCAACCAUCACUUCUUCAAUAAGUGAGUGAAUAAUCAGUUUGGAUGGUUGGUUGUGAGGUAUUUACAUCAAUGCUUUUGAAGAAGUCAGAAGGAGGGGAGGAACUCGGGACUUUCUAUCCAAUUAGACCCGAGUAUCAAGAAGAUGCUCCUAGGACCCGUUUCAGGCCGAGGGCUGGGAAAACUUUAAGUCCAAGAAGGUGGCAUGCUGCAUUCUCUGAAGAUGGGCAUUUGGAUAUCGCAAAAGUGCUUAGACGAAUUCAAAGAGGGGGUAUUCAUCCCGCAAUUAAAGGGUUAGUCUGGGAGUUCUUGUUAGGAUGUUAUGAUCCUAAUAGCACAUUUGAAGACCGGAAUCAGAUUAGGCAGCGCAGGAGGGAGCAGUAUACCAUAUGGAAAGAUGAAUGUAAAAAUUUGGUUCCAGUAAUUGGUAGUGGAAAGUUUAUUACAACACCUAUCAUUACUGAUGAUGGCCAGCCAAUAAUUGAUUCUUCAACAAACAAUGCUGAAGGAGGGCUUGUUAAUAAUGCUGUUUCAGACAAUAAAGCAAUUCAGUGGAUGCUUGUUUUGCAUCAAAUUGGUUUAGAUGUUGUACGCACAGAUCAAACACUUGCCUUUUAUGAAAGUGAGACUAACCAGGCAAAACUUUGGGAUGUUCUUGCACUUUAUGCAUGGGUGGAUAAUGACAUUGGUUAUGUCCAAGGAAUGAAUGAUAUUUGUUCUCCAAUGGUAAUUCUUCUUGAAAAUGAAGCAGAUGCCUUUUGGUGUUUUGAUCGUGCAAUGCAGAAACUGAGAGAAAACUUCAGGUGCAGCGCAAGUUCAAUAGGGGUGCAAACUCAGCUGAGUACACUCUCGCAAGUCAUUAAAACUGUUGAUCCAAAGCUUCAUCAACACCUUGAGGAGCUUGAUGGUGGUGAAUAUUUGUUUGCAUUUCGCAUGUUGAUGGUACUUUUUCGAAGAGAGUUCACUUUUGUGGAUGCAUUAUAUCUUUGGGAGCUGAUGUGGGCCAUGGAGUACAACCCAAAUAUAUUCUCCUUAUAUGAGGAGCCUAAUGCUGUCAGUGCCACAGAUAAGAGUAAUAUAACCAUGUCAACUGAUGAGCUGCUGAAGCAGUGUGGCAAAUUUGAGAGAAAAAAAGUAAAGACUGGAAGUACGGAGCAACAAAGUGCGCUUUCAGUUUUUCUUGUUGCAAGUGUUCUUGAGACCAAGAACAAAAAAAUUUUGAAGGAAGCCAAGGGUCUUGAUGAUGUUGUCCAGAUAUUGGCCGAGAUUACCGGAAAUUUGGAUGCUAAAAAGGUUUGUGAUGAGGCAUUGAAGAUUCAUAGCAAGUAUCUGAGCAAGGCCAAAAUGCCAUAGAAAUACUGCUGGAGAGCACCAAGGCAGCACAUGUUAUUGCCUGGCUGAGGCUCCAAUUGUUUUCAUAGAUUGUUUCUCUCAUUGAUAGUGUACCCUACUUCCCUACCCCUCUCUCUCUCUCUCUCUCUCUCUCUCUCUUCAAUGUAUUCUAUUCUAUUUAUUUAUUCAUUCCUCUUUCUCGAAUUUUUUUAUUUAUCGUAAAUGAAAAUUGU